AUGAUACAAGUGGGCAAUACCCUAACCACCUUUGAGAAAGAUGCAUUAGUGGCAUUGCUGACAGAAUUCAAAGAGGAGUCUAUGAAAGGAAGAGCAAUUGCUGAUCACUUAGCCCACUAUUCACCUGAAGAAACUGAAGAUAUCCAAGGAGACUUUCCGGAUGAGGAUAUCAUGGGGAUAGAGUUAGAAUCAUGGAAGAUGUAUUUUGAUGGAACAACUAAUCAAAAUGGAAGUGGCAUUGGAGUUCUCCUAAUUUCUCUAAAAGGGACAUACAUCCCAUUCUUUAGUAGGUUUAACUUUCUUGCCGCUAAUAAUGCCACUGAAUAUGAAGCUUGCAUUAUAAGGUUACAAGCGGCCCUAGGCCUUGGAGUGAAAGAGUUAGAAGUAUAUGGUGAUUCAACCUUGAUAAUUUCUCAGAUUCAAAAUAGAUGGAAGAUCAAGGAAGAAAGGUUGAUGCCUUAUCAUGAAUGUCUCCAGAAGUGGGCCUCGAAAUUCAGUAAGAUUCAGUACUAG